CACUUUAUCAAUGCCAGCCGAAACUUAUCGCUAAAUAAUUAUCACUAAAAUGCGUUCUUAAAGUGUUAACGCCGCUGUCCGAUGGUCUCUCUGCCCAGCUACCGAUAAGGAUAAGAACGCAUUCGACAUUUGUGCGACAGUUCAGUCGUUGAUGGCAAGUCAACUGAGGCGUGUCUGCCCUCUGCUCUGCUCUGCUCUACUUUCUCUGCUUUCCUCCUUGCUACCAGUCACAUCCAGAGUUCAACAUGAAGAUCGAUUCGGCGACCAUUAAGGCAGCCGGAAAUAGAUGCCAAGAACUCUUGGUCAUGGCCAUUUAUACGUCAUUCUUUUUUACAUUGCCUUUGAAUUCCUAUUAUGCCAUAAUUCUACUAUUGAUCUUUGGUAGCAAUUUGUCACGCGCUCUGUUGCUCGUCUAUUGGACCAUUAUCUAUCUGCGGCACAAACUGAAUGUUGCCCCCAUCGAUGGCAAUGGCUGCAUGCUAAUGCGAGACAAUGCGAUAGGUCGCAUAUACCGUAGAUACUUUCCCGUUCAAUUGAUCAAGACCGCUGAGCUGCCGCCCAAUAAAAACUACAUAAUAGCUAGCUUUCCACACGGCAUACUUGGCACCGGCAUUUGUAUGAAUAUGGCUUUCGAUAUUGGCGUAUGGUUCAAACUGUUCCCUCAGGUGCGCCCAAAGGUUGCUACGCUUGAUCAACAUUUCUUCACACCUUUCUUGCGCCAUUUUAUACGCUGGUGGGGUCUAAUCUCUGUGUCGAAGGAGUCGCUGAUGUACUACCUCAACAAGUCGAAUGAUCCGCAGCAUCCCGAUAAUCGCGAUGGCUUCACCUCCAAUGCGGUAGCUAUUUUGGUAGGCGGGGCACAGGAGGCGCUCGACUCAAAUCCUGGUGAAUAUAUUCUAACGCUCAGAAAGCGCAAGGGCUUUGUGAAGAUGGCCGUGCGAACAGGUUCUGCAAUUGUUCCCAGCUUUUCAUUUGGCGAAGUUGACAUCUUCCAGCAGGUGGCCAAUCCGCCCAACUCGAAACUGCGCAACUUUCAGAUUGCCGUGAAGAAGCGAACGGGUAUAGCGCCGCUGAUACCCUUGGGUCGAGACAUCUUCCACUAUCCAUUUGGCGUUGUGCCUUAUCGUCGACCCAUCACACAAGUUGUUGGCGCACCAAUUGAAGUGGUGCAGAGUGAUGAACCCGAUCCUGCCUAUGUCGACGAAUUGCACGGCAAGGUAAUUAAAGCUUUGGAGGACAUGUUUGAAGAAUAUAAAGCUAAAUACUUGAAAGACCCGGAAACAAAACAACUAAUUAUAAACUGAACACACGAUUCAACUGUUUGGGACUGCCAACUCGUUCAAAAAACAUUCGGGCUUUGAGGAUUUUCACAUAGACGCGGACAAGGUCACACUUAAAGCUUUUUGAAUAGCCAAAUCAUAUUGUAACCCAAAAGAAAAUUCAGGACUAUUAUUUAAGGUGCAAUUGUUAGUGAUUUUAAGUGUUUAAGCAUUUGUCUACGCUUUUAGUAUUAAGUUGUUAAUUAGCAAUUGUACACAAUAAAGAGGGUUAGUUGGUUAAUUUUAACGAAA